AAUGCUCUUACCAUGGUACUGUACUGGCAAAACUGGAUUGAACUUUGGGGCCAUGCGCUCGAGUUGCACUUGUAUGCUAACGAUUUUAUAGCUAAUGUAGUGUUUUACCAACACCAUGUAACCUUUGGAGCUUCGACUCUGUCCAGGGCCAAUCGGAGCCGUGGGGCGUCUUCAAGAGGGGGCCGCACUUGGAGCACAUAGCCUUGGGCUCAGAGCUCGCAUGCCUAUAAAUACCGGAGCCACUCCAGCCAGCUUGCACUGCUACACUGAACCUCCGAUCAACCGUCAGGAAGACGGGAAGAAUAAAAACGAGACUUCGACUAAACUGGGCACUAUUUGUGUAAAUUAUCUAUCUGAAUUCCUUCCCGUCCAUUUCAGAAUCUUGCAAGUAUAGAGCGGGAAAUUAAGAGCAGCAAGUGUGUGCAGUAGUUCUGUGGCAGCCUACCCUGAUGUAUUCUGUAGAAGCGACCCAAGUCUUCGACCCAUACGUCCGGGUAAUACAGAAUGCCAAUAUUUCUCAUUACGCCUCGAACAGGUCCUUGCUGCAGCCCCUGUGGGACUACCUGCGAGUCAACCACCAGGAUACCCUCCGCUCGCCUCUCUUUCCAGUCAUCAUCUCAGUCUCCACCUACUUCAUCACCUGCACCUUCUACAUGACGCUCGACAUCUUGGCUCACAGAUGCCCGGCCAUUAACAAGUACAAGAUCCACCCGGAGCAGCAUGUAACGUGGGCAAACAUUCUCAAGACUCUGUGGCUUACCGGCUACAACCACGUUAUCUUUAUUUUCCCAGCAGCCGCCUUCCAGUGGUACUGGCGACCUCCGAUCCCCCUCCUGGAAGACGCACCACAGCUCUCCGAGUUCCUUAUAGGAAUCCUCAGCUGCACAAUUCUCUUCGACUUCCAGUAUUACUUCUGGCACCUUAUGCACCACAAGUUUCGAUGGCUCUACACGACUUUCCACGCCAUCCAUCACGAAUAUUACGCUCCCUUCUCCUGGUCGACGCAGUAUCUAUCUGCCUGGGAACUGAUCAGCCUUGGCUUUUGGACCACCAUAAACCCGAUUAUCCUGCAGUGUCACAGCCUGACAGGGUUCACCUUCAUGAUCUUGAACGUCUGGCUGUCAGUGGAUGACCACAGCGGCUAUGACUUUCCUUGGUCUUUACACAAUAUUAUCCCUUUCGGGCUCUGGGGCGGCUCUGUGAAACACGAUGCUCACCACCAGAAACCACAGUACUAUUUUGCCCCUUACUUCUCACACUGGGACUGGCUUUGCGGCACUUGCUGCGAAUACAAGCGCUCGCCCGCCUAUUUGGAGAUGGAAAAGAAGCGACGCAAAGCCAGCAAAAGCAAGAAAUAUAUCUAGCAUCCCGCUAUCUGAUGAAAGCCGCAUUUCUCCCGCGUAAUACAAGGUGCCAAGAGAAGCGGGUUGGAGACGACAGAGAAAUCGGCAGUGCAAUGGUCAAAGAAAAUCUUGAGUGAGGUGACUGCCGGAAUAUUCUGACGUUAAAUAUCGCAGUUAUUUAUUUUUCACAUGUUAAAACGAACGCAAUACCUUUGAAGUGAGCUAUGUGUAGUACGGUAUAAAAACGUGCUACAUUUGUAUUUAUCGUUAUAUGUGAGGUAAAUAUCCAUUUUAAUGAGGUACCAUGAUAAUGAAUGUUUCAAUUAUCUUACGUACAUUGUGUAAUGUAUAUUGGAAAGAAACCUCUGUGGCAUCAUUUCUAAGCAUUUGCAAAACUUUUUUGCCCCAAAUAUUUAAAAUAAUACGUCAUAUGUAUUUAAGAAUAGAUUAUGGAAUACAGGCAAAAAUGUAAAUAUGUCCUUAAAAUGCAAAAUGUCUUCGAAUGCAAAUAAAAAUGCUCA